AUGAAGAAAAAGGUCAAACAAGAAAUUUUGCAAUGCAGCUUAUUUAGCGACAUAUCAGCUUUGCUUCAUGAACAAUUUGUAGAAUUCAAUGAAAUAAUUAACUAUUUUGCUCAAGAACUAACUUCAUUGCUGAACCUUGCCGAAAUAAAUAGAGCAUUCAAACAAACUCAUGAAGAAUUAAUUGAAAAAGCGAAAUCUUCUCUUGCUUCAGCCUAUGACUUAGAAGCUGAAUUUUCAAAAGCUUUUCUCCAUGCGGAUUCCAUUGCAAAAGACAUGGACUCUUAUAUCUCCAAAGCAAUCAAAAAUAUUCGCUUAUCCCUAGAUGAUACCAAAUUUAUUAGAAUGAGCACUAGUGAAUAUACUAAUUGACCAAGAAUAGCCCACUAAGGAGCCAUUCUUGGUCUGCCAAAAAAAAAUUUUGACAAAAGAUCCUAAUCUGCCAUUACCACUGAGUUUUGGUGUUUCCAAAUUUUUUGGGCAAGCCAAAUGCAAUAAAAAAAAUUGUUCUUUUGCGAUGAUGCAUUUGGCUUGUCAAAAAAAUUUGGCAACAUCAAAACUCAGUGGUAAUGACAGAAAAGAUCCUAAUCUGCCAUUACCACUGAGUUUUGGUGUUUCCAAAUUUUUUUGGCAAGCCAAAUGCAUCAUCGCAAAAGAACAAUUUUUUUUAUUGCAUUUGCUUGCCCAAGAAAUUUGGAAACACCAAAACUCAGUGGUAAUGGCAGAUUAGGAUCUUUUUGUCAAAAAUUUUUUCUGGCAGACCAAGAAUUGCUCCAUAGUGGGCUAUUCUUGGUCAAUUAGUAUAUUUAAAUUCAGAAACCUCAGAAUUUACCCAAGAAAUAACCCAAAUUAUCCACAGUUCUAGAUGAAGAAAAAGAGUCCUAAUAUGAGAAGAAGACAAUCACAUUGCUACUGUUCAAGCGUAUAAAAGGCCACAGAUUACAGUUGAAAUCCGCUUUUCUAACUCUAUUACGUCGAAUUUUUCAGCCCUUGUACCUGAAUUGCAACAAAGAUGCACAGGGGCAAGAAUGAAAGGAGUUCCAAGCUGCCGUGACAAGUUCGAGCAUAUUGAAAAUUUAUUUAACCAUCAUUCACAAAUUCUGUGCAAUAUAAACCACUUACACAAGACAUCAUUGUAUAUUGGAUUAUAUUUGGAGAAGCUGGAAAAAUAUUUUAAAGAUCUAAUGAAGCAGGGUGAUUUGAAAUUUAAAAAAUAUUAUUAUAAAUCCAUAUUUUCAGACAAAGAUAAGCUGGAAAUUUGAGAUAUUGAGCAUGAAUCAAACUUCAUUGACAGACUUAUUCAAAUCAGAAAACUAAUAAAAGUCGAAUAUCUCAAGCUAGAAAGCCAUAUAAAGUAUAUUCCUCUACAGUUAAAAUCAUCAAGAGAAACAUGCAUUCCUUUAAAGUAUAAAAAAGAGAAAUAAAUGGUGCUGUUGACGGAAAUUGGUCUCCGAGGCACUCCCUAUGGAGCAGGUAGGAUCCAUCCUGAUGAAGCUGAAAGCAGGACCUCUGUCCUAAAUGAAGUAUGCCUUCAGGCUUAGGGAUACCUUGACGAAGAGAGUUUUGUUUCUCCCCCAAAUGUUUUCCUAUCCUUGCCAGUUGGCGAGAUAGAUUUUGCCUCUCACAUAGUUUUCUUCUAUCGGGGUUAUCGGGGUCCCUUCAGUAGAUAGCUCUAACCUAGGGAGCUUAUCCUUAGGUUAGGUGAGUUUCCCAAAAUUCAAGAGGGUGGAAUUUUGGUUGGGCCGUACACCAUUUGCACUCGGAGGCAUAUGCAACAAGCGCAGGCCUUCUGGAGUCAAGGUGGCCUGGAGACUCGGGCCCCGCUUAUGGCCGUGUAAAGCUUUUAACUUUAAUUUUUAUCUUUAAAGUAUGAAGAGUUUUCUUCAGAAAAAGAUUCAUCAAUCUUGCAAAAGUGCAAUAAUUUAUUGCAAUUUCUCAAUAAUAUCAUUCAGGCUAUUGAUUCUUGUACAGAUCACAACUAUAAACCUCCAUCAGAAAAGCAAGAAGAGACCAUUUGAAAAUUUAUUGAACUUUUUAAACCAGUAGUUGAAAUUGGACUGAAUGAGCUUAGAGAAGCUACUAAGACAAACUACGACUCUGAAGUUCUAUUUAAAAAAAGAAUGCAGAGCAUUCCAGUCUAUAGAAGUUUGCAUAUAAAAUCUCAGCUUCUAAAAAGACUACAGCUCCAUUCAAUUGCAUCUAAUCUUGUAGAUUCAAGAAAGCAACUUAUUGAUGCAAUGAAAAUGACUAUUGAAGAAACAGGUUUGGAUAUGCCACAUUGAGAGAAAAGUAUUAGGGUCUUAUCAAUUUCAGUUUUGAAUAUUAAGGCAAUUGAAUCCAAAGUAACUCAUUCUUAUACUCUUAACCAUAUAGGAUAUCAUUCAUAUAAUUCAUCAUGAGACUUAAAGAGCGAAAAAGAAAAUCAUCCAAACCAAGAAAAUUAUGUCGCAGAAAUUUCUGAUAGCUCAGAAAGCGAAAACAAUAGCAGCUUUAUAAUGGAUUUGAGCGAAAGCUCAUUAGAAUGUAGUAUAGCUUUUUUGGCACAUUUGCUUUAAAAGCCCUAAGAAUUGAAUUAGAGAGCGAAGCUUAUUUCGAUGAUAUACAUAUUUUAGCGAAGCAGAGAAAGAUACAUAUAAUUGUCUCAGACUAAUAAAUUUAAAUCUUUCUAAAACUGAUAAAAUGUUUAAUUUUCUCCUUUCAUGUUUAAUGCCCUGUUUAUUGAGAGUGGUUUCUCAAAGUUGAAAUAUGGGGAUCUGCGAUGUUGGCAUGUAUGAUUCUUUUUUUAGCUUUUUUGAAUUUGGUGUGUUGCUCCAUUUUUAAAACUUUGAGAAAUUUAAAUAGUUUGGCAUGCCAAGUUAAAAUUAAAAUGUGAAUAUGUAGCUGACAACACACUCAUCCAUUUAAAAUGAAUAAAGAGAGGCAUCACUCUUUAUAAAAGAUUAAUUGUGAUAUCGUUAUUAGCAAUUUACCAAUAAAGCGAUUGAUAGCUCUUCAUAUAAUACUCCAAUAGGUAUACCACUAAAAUCUCCAACAUAAUCUUGACUAUCUUUGAUUCUUAGAAUAAAGAUAGAGUUUAUUAUGUAGAAAUAGAUGUGUAAGUGGAAAAAUGGCAAUAAUCCAAAAGAUGUGCUAUUAAAUCUUGACUUAUCAGUGCUUCUUAACAUUAAAAUGGAGUCAUUUUGGAGAAGUAGUAUGAGGAAAAUAAAACUUCAAGAGGGACUUGCCGAUAAGGCGAUUGAUAGUUCUUGACGUGGCAGUACUCCAAUAGAUUUACAAUUAAAAUCUCCAGUAUAAUCUUGACUUCUUGUAGGUUUUAGAAUAAAGAUGGAGCCUAUUAUAGAGAAGUGGUUUGUGGAGAAAAAAAAUUGAAAAGAGGGGUCUUGCCGAUAAGGCGAUUGAUAGAUCUUCAUGUGGCAGUGCUCCAUAGGUGUGCCAUUAAAAUUCUCCAACAGAAUCUUAAACUUAUCUGUGCUUAUUGAAAUUAAGAUAAAGUCCAUUGUGGAGAAGUCGUAUGUGGAAAAAAUAAAAAUUGCUAGAGGGGAUUCCCGAUAAGGUGAUUGAAAGCUGUUCAUGUGUACAGUAACUCUUGACUUAUUUUAUAUAUUAAUAGUAAAGAUAAAGCUCAAUACUCAAUAUCACAAAAAAUGCUUUAAAGAAUAAAUUUUAUCAAUAAAAUCUAAUAAAAUAAUCCCAAAAUUAUUUUCCUGCUAAUUUUAGCUUGACAUAUAAAAAUAUUUAGACUCAUCAAAAUAUUAAAAAUGGGAGGAACUCACCAAAUUCAAAUAAGUUAAAGCCAAUCAGAUCCUAUUUGAAUUUUUAAGGUCAAAUGAUUAUAAUCUUCGCCAAAACGCUCUAAUGAAAGCAAGGCAUUGAGCAUGAACAAAGAACUUAGAUGCUUUAUAAGAAACUGCUACUUAUUUUAUUAAAACAGAUUUUAAUUUAAUAGAUUCUAUAAAUUGAGGAAUUUUUGCUUUCACUUUAUUUUAAUUACAGAAACUUAUAUUAUAGAUAUAGAUCUUGCCCCUCUUUGUUAAAUCUAAUUGAUUUUAAAGCAAAUGCGCAGAAAACGCUAUAUUCAUUCAAAUGGAGAAUUUGUAGACCAAAAUGCAGUUUCAGCUGUUAAGUCAAAUAAGAUGCUAUAUAAAGCAUUAAAAAAUUAUCCGUCUGAAGAGAAAAUCAAAGACAACAAAGCAUUUUAUUAUAUAAACAAAUUAAAUAAAGAAACCAAGGAAAUACAUUCUAAAGGAAAAAGUAGCUGGAAAAAGGAGAUUAUAAAGCUACGAGAAAAAGAGGACUCUAAGAUUAGACUUGAUAUGAUAAAAGAUAUUUACAAUAGCAGAACAGAAAGAGAGAAGAAAUUAGAUCAAUAUUUACCUCAAGUCUCUCAGUCAAGUAAUUUUAGUUUAUCAAAAAUCCAGUCGGAAUCGAUUUUAGAUGACUAUUCUGAACGGCUAGAAAAAGCAAAAAAAAGAAGGCAAGGUCUUAAUACAAAAAUGCUUUUAUCAUCUUUGGACAUGGAUAGGCUAUCAAUUGUAAAAGCUCAAAACCAUCGAUCUGAACUUGAAUUAUAUAAAAAAAUCCAAGAUGAGAGCAGAGCAAAAUCAUCAAAAUCCAUGACUCCCCCUCCGUGAGCGAAACAAAGCCAUUGGAAAAAUCCCUAUUUUUGCCCAAAAGCCCACCCUCCGUGAGCGAACAAAAAUUUUUAUGAAAUAAAAGUUGAUAUAUAAAUGAUUGUUAAUAUAAUGAAAUCUCUAGCUAAUUCUGUUUAAUUUUAAUAAAAUUUCAUUUUAAAACAUAAAUUUUACAAAUUAAAUAAAUAUUUGCUUUUAUAUUUUCGCGAAUGGGAUUUUUUUUUAAUCUCGAUAAAAAAAAAUUCUAAAAAUUUAGAUAUAUAAUUUUUAAAAAGCAAAUUCCUCCGUUGGGAGUAAGAAAAGGAACAAGAGAAAUCGAAAGCGUGUCAAAACUGCUUAACAAUUUAGAAGUAUCCGAUAAAAUUAAAAUCAAUCGAGCAGUCACUUCAAUGAAAAAAUUCGCAGGAGGUAACUUGAGAAAAAGAGUAAGAAGUGUUCAGAGAGAUAAAAGUGUAUCUCCUCUAUCGAAAAUAAAUAAAAUACGACAGGAAUUUGAUUUAUAUAAUAAAAGAUCUGCAAGGGUUAAUAAAACGUUAGCAUCGAGUACUUUAUGCAAAGAUGGUGACACAUUUUUAGUAAGUUUAAGAUAA